AUCCCAAAUUGGAACGAAAAUUGCGAGGGUUUUAGCUUCUUCCUCCAAACUCCUAAACCCUUCCAUUUCCAUUUCUACCCCACUUCACACAUAUGGAGUAACCCAACUGCAACAACCACUGCAUCCAUUUCUCUCCCCCAACGAUGAACCAUCUCCUCCGAAAAAAUCUUCUAUUUUUCACCUCUUCACGUCCCUCAUCACAAUCUCGCACUCUUCUUGUUCGGUUUCAUCUUUGCGAGUUCUCAUCUUCUCACACUCCGUAUUCCCACUGGAAGCGCCACGACGAAGAGUCACGCAAUGUUAGGGUUUCAGUAUGGUGGGAUUUCGAGAACUGCAACGUGCCUGCCGGUGUUAACGUUUCCAAAGUAGCACCUGCUAUCACUGACGCCGUUAGAGCUAACGGGAUUAAAGGUCCUGUUCAUAUUACCGCUUUCGGCGAUGUUUAUCAGAUUUCAAGACCCAAUCAGGAGGCACUUGCUUUCACUGGGAUUCAUCUUAAUCACAUUCCCAAUGGUGGAAAGAAUAGUGCUGAUAGAUCUCUUCUUGUUGAUCUUAUGUAUUGGGUUUCCCAAAAUCCUCCGCCUGCACAUCUCUUUCUGAUAUCUGGUGAUAGAGACUUUGCUGGCAUGUUGCACCGGUUAAGAAUGAAUAACUAUAAUAUCUUGCUAGCAAGUCCUGGAAAGGCUCCUGAUGUUCUCCGCAGUGCAGCAACUAUAAUGUGGCAGUGGCCAUCUUUGCUCAAGGGAGAAGAUCUAACUGGAAAACAUUUCAACCACCCUCCCGAUGGUCAGUUUGGUUCUUGGUACGGAAACUCUAAAGUGCCUCUUGAGAACCCCUUUUCAGCUACUGAGCAGUCAACAUCUUCACAGAAUGUACAUGUUACGGAAAUCAAUGAACCCUCCUCAGACUUAAAGGUAGGUGGAGAAGUUCCAAAAUCAGUUAUAAGGAAGAUUAAGAAUAUAUUGAGUUUACAUCCAAAAGGCAUCAGCAUUUCAGAACUUCGUGCUGAGCUGACAAAACGUGACGUGUCUUUGGGUAAAGGCAUAUUUGGAUAUAAAAGGCUCUCCCGCUUUCUAUCAUCAAUACCACAUGUACAACUCCGGCAUUUUAGAGAUGGUAAUUAUUGUGUGUAUUUGAUCCCCUCAGCAUACCAUGAACCUUCUGAAAGCAGCACUGCUUUAUCAACGGUAUCUGCAGUUAAGAAUGAGGAGAUGAGCUGUACAACAACUCCAAAGCUACACAGUGAAGAUAAAGACAUAAAUAGAGACUUGCAUGAGACUCUCUCAGUGUCUUCAUCGGAUGAAAGGAUCUUUGAGGAUGAUUCAAAAUCAUUCCAAUCUACCCCUUUACAAGGAAUACCUAUCGAGGAAGACGUGUCGCGUAAAUCAUACGGCUAUGCAACAACUCCAAUGCUACACAGUGAGGAUAAGGACAUGGAUAGAGAUACACAUAGGACUCCCUCGGUGUCUUCAGUGCAUGAAAGGAUCAUUGAAGAUGGUUUAAAAUCACUCCACUCUACCCCUUCACAAGGAAAACCUAUUGAAGAUGUGUCACAAAAAUCAUCUGUAGGCAGUGAGAAGGUUCUGGAUGUGUCUAAUGCACAAUUGUUAGAGAAUCAGCUUUCGUCAAAGGACAAUGAUGUUUACAAAACUGAAAUUGGUUCCUUUAAAGUGAGAUCUAUAAAGUUUUCUGAUGAUGAAAUUGUUAGGUCUGAGAAUGUAAGUCCAAAAGUUCUUGAAAAAUAUACCACUUCAGGGAAUUCCUCAAUGAUGGAAAACAAUGAUGUAGUAAAUUGUGAAUCUGGAAAAUCUAUAGCAAAGAACAAACACGAGGAUCAACCUAGAAAGGAGGUUGAUGGUCACAGCCCAUAUUCUUCAGCAGUUGACGACUCUCUGGUUGACGAAAGACCCGAUGUUCAUCCUGAAACUUACAGCAAAAGAUCAACUUUCCUUAGCUGGAUUAAAAGUUGGUGGCCAUUUCAGAAAAGCAAUGUAAAGGCUGAUGCUUUUACUGCUUAUCAGAACAAUGUGACUAGUAAUUUUGAAGAUUCCAAGUUAUCCGAACUGGACCAUACUGCUAGUAAUCUUGAAACACCUAAGCCAUUAGAACCACACCAGGAUGUCAGUCAUUCUGGAAAGCCUGUGUUAUUUUCUAGUGAUUCCUUUUGGAAUGACUUGGAAUCUUUUGUUUUCACCCCCAAAGGAUCACUUCUUAUUUCCCAGUCUAGAAGCAGGGAGGUUUUGGCUCAUAAAUUACAAAAGUAUGGACCCAUGGUUCUUAAAUCUUCUGAUGAAAACGAUAUCAUUCAAUUGGUGGAACUGUUGAUAGCAGAAAAAAAAUGGUUGGAGGAGAGCCCCUCACAUGCAUUCCCUUUUAGGGUAACUCAAUCAGUUCGGAAGAGCACGCCGAUGGGGCUGUCUAAUGGUACAAGUGGUUUGAGAUCUCUGUUUCUAAGUAAAACAUCACAGUCCAACUCGCAGAAGUCAUUUGAAAAUGAAGGGGAGAAACACUCUCACAGUACUCAGCAAACGGGAGUUUCCAGACCUGCCACUGAAACAAAAUAUACUGAGAAGUCUAGAGAUGAUAUUUUACAAGAUUGUCAGAAACUUGUAACUGAUGUAUUAAGGGAACACCCAGAGGGAUAUAACAUAGGUCGUUUUCGAAAACAAUUUGCUGAUAAAUAUGGCUAUCAGCUUGACAUCAAAAAGCUUGGUUAUCAGAAGAUGGCAUACCUGAUACAGAUAAUGCCUGGGGUUAAAUUAGAAUCCACUUACAUUUACCCUUCUACUCCGGCCGUUUGUGCUUCUGACUCGAACACUUCUAUCCUCAAAACUCGAGCAACCAAUGCUAGUCAUGAAAGAUUCAACUCAUAUAAUGAAUUAUCUGAUACAGCCCCAAAAGAGUAUAACACGGAAUCUCCUUGGGAGGAAUUAGGUCCUGUUUCUCUUAAAAGUUCUAGUCAGAAUGAUCUGGAAUCAAAUUUAACUCAAAAUGCCAUCGAACUGAAUACACCUAAGUAUCCUGAUUACGAACCCAUUGUCUCAGAUGAGGAUUUGUCUGAAUCUGAAGGAGAUAACUCUUUUUCAACUCAAUCAGAAGAAGAUCAAGUAAAGCCAAAAUAUGAUGAGCAAGACAGUUCUUUUUGGCAAGCUCUGGAUUCCUGGCAUAGCAGCAAGGAGGAAGAGAAUAAUGUCAAGAAAUCCGAAAACAUUGAUGUCUUGGGCAAUUCUCUGCUUGACAUCUUAAAUUCAGCCCCAGAUACAAAACAGGGUAUCCGCGAUAUCGUUUCCAACAAAGAAAAGCAAAGACCUCAUAAGUAUUCAUUUGUUGUUGACCCAGCCUCACCUGACAAUGACAAGUUUAUUGGUGGGAUAUUAGAUGGUCUGAAGAAAGAGGAUGAGCCCAAGAUGCAUAACUGAGGAUUUUCAUUACUCAAGAUUACACAGACAGGACUAAGUGAUGACACUUUAUAUCAAGGAAGUGUAGUUUAAGCUUACCAUAGUACUGAUUAGUUAGCAUCCAAAGUUUCAACUAGAAAUUCUUUCUGUUUGAUCAUUUAUUUAUUAUGGCCGGAAGAACAUUUGAGUAUGGUAUUUACGUGCCUUUUUGGUAUGUUAUCACACUUUGAAAGGAGCAUGUGCCAUAUGAUGAGGUAAAAACCCAUUUUUCUAAGGCCUAUUAUCCUAUAGUUAUGAGCAAUGCUAUGUUUUUGCCUCAGUCAAUAAUACCUCGUUUUUUUAUACAUUAAAAUUGCACUUCUUUUUUCUUAUGCUUAAAUUCACUUUAGGCGUUCAUUUUUAAAACUGAAGUAGGGCUAUGUUGCUU